UGUUCUUUCUCUUUUGUCGGCUUUCACUAACGUUUAUAAAGUACGUUGUGUUUAGUUAGUAAGUGUAGUACCUUUUUUUUUUGGGCGAGGACCGAACCUCAUUCUCCGGUUUCCGCCUAGGGGGCGGUUGAGAAUAUUAACGGACUACAGUGUGCUUAGUGCGAGUUUUGUAACGUUCUCGAUAGCGUAAAAGUUAACCCAAUUUUGUAUGCAGUUGAAACAGCGCCCCUAGCGGCAAACGUAGGCAAACGAUCCCGUUCCAUACAAAUAUGAGCUAACUUUUACGCUAUCGAGAACGUUAAAAAACUCGCACUAAGCGCACCGUUGUUUUUAGGGUAAGGCCCUAAAACAUCUCAACAUCAGUGCGCUUAGUGCAACAUCCCACUGAACGAAUCCGUCUGAACUCUUUCACCUGACGCAGUGGCGCUGUCGGGAACAGUCUGUAAAGGAAACAAUUGAGACUUUGACCAGUUUUUGUUUGUUUUUUUUUUGUUGCCCGUGUAGGCACACGAAGCAUACAGCCCACCUGACCCACGGCCCACCAAGCCGCUGUCUACCUUUUAAUACUCUCCACAAGCCUCGUUUGAAGAAGGACAAGUCAUAGCGCUCGGGAAACACAGUGAAGGGGAGCUCAUUCCCGGAUGGUACGUGACAAAAAAGAUCUCUGGAAACGCACUGUAGAUGAACGCAGUUGUUGAACUCUGCUCCAGUGGUGGGCGGUGCGAUGGUACGAGAUGAUGGUGUCAUCUCGAACAAUUCCUCAGAGUACUCCCCGUGGAACAUAAAGUACAAAAUAUAAAAGGAACUGAAGUCCCUCCGCAGACUCGGGGUUCCAAACGACCCAAACGAUGUUUCGAGAUAGGUUGCCUUUGGGAUCGGGUAAUACCAAUUUAGUUCGGAAAAUUAAUAAUAUUCAAUCAGCCUACACAAAAUGAAUAACUAAACGAAGCCUUAAUGGAAAACAUAAACGAAUAUUUACUUGGAAGUUUAAUUAUCAAACUAAUGCUUGUUAACAAAACAGUCUGUGGAAUAACAAUGCUCUAGCAUGAAUGUUUGAAAUGUUUCAUAGUGAUGAUUUUUGAAGGUUUUUCUUUUUUAAGAAAAAAUCUGUCAGCUUAGUCAUUUAUCAUAGAUUAUAUUCGACACAAUUUUCCAUCGCUAGUUUAUUUUCCGAUUGAAGUUUUCUCGACGCGACGGUCUAGUGGAAAAUCUAAAACGAACCCUAUAUUAUAUCAACCACGAUGUUGCGUGUUAUAAUAUACAAAGAAUAAUUUAAGACUCAGCAUUAUUUAAGUUACAGAUUUUUAAAAACCUAGAAAUGUAAUUAAGUUUAUAAUCUAUGUUAGUACGUAUUACGAGGCAUUUGCAAAUUGUUCGUGUGCCAUUAAAAAAUGUAACUGUCACAACAAACGCACAUGAGUUUAAGUGUUCUAUGAUGGUUCUAUGUGAUUGAAAGAAAUUUAUAUUUCAUUAAUUAUAAAUGAAAGACAUAUGUAACUAGUUAUAAAAUAUGGGUAAACGUAAAUAUGAAAAUGAUAAAAAUACAUCCCAACAAAAUGACGACUUAACUACCGCGGAAAUCGAAGUAAAUAAGGGCGAAAAUGAACAAACUCACAACGAAGACAAAAACACACAGAUUCCAUCGAAACGGAAUAGAGUUGGAGGAUUCGACGUUAAACAUUUCAGAAAAGAACUUACCGCGAAACUAGGACAUAGUACGGCUCUAACUCAGUUCUUGCAAGUCUGCUUGAACCCCGAUAAUGAAGUUGACUACCUACUGGAAUACCUUAAGGCUGGUGGUAAUUCCCACGAAAUUCUGCGGCAGAUCACUCAGGAUAACAAAAAGAACCUCUCAUUGGCCACACCAGUCUUCCAUCUAUUUCACCUUAUCAUUCUCAAAGUACAAUCAUCAUUGCCACACAUGAUCUCUAUCACAGAAGAAGCCUGUCGAUAUUUUCUUAACACCUUCAUGUCAACGGUUGAGAUCAUGAUCAGUGAGAAUUCUGGUCCUCGGCAUCGAAAGAUAGUACUGAAGCUAUUAACAUCAAUGGUGACUUUAAAUCCAGAUUUAGGAAUUGAAGUAUUAAAUCAAGCUCCACUGACACCUAAGCAUUUACAGCACAUAGUUGACAAGUCUAAUUAUAAAGAAAAAGACAAUGUUAGAACUUCAUUCCUACAUUUGGUGACGUCAUUCCUAGUCGAUGGACAUUUGUUAUUAACUAAGGCAUUGUUAGAAAAACAAGGCCUUUUAGGUAUGGUUAUACCUGGCUUAGUGCAUGAUGAACCAGAGGCAGUGCUAAUGUUCCUAAAUAUUCUCAAAAAGAAUGUAAUAUACAAUAGCUUUAUAUCUAAAAGCUUGAAACUAAAGACUUUCAGCCAUCAAGUCCUCCAUAAUAUGUUCAAAGUCUUUAGUUGGAAAGGACCUCCAGAAUUAAGUAAUACAGUUAAAAAUGAAGUACGGAGUGAAAUUAUUAGUCUGCUUUCAGAUCUAAUACUGACUUUGUUCACUUCACAUCGUUUUGGCUUGUAUUUCAUUGAUACAUCACUAGGCACAGCCGAAGCCAACAAGAAUCAGAAUCUGUACAAAGCAUUGCUCUCAUUAAAAAGACCUUGGGAGAAUGAAGAUGAGGGCAAUGUUAUUUUAGAUAUUGUUACCAGGUGUCCAGAUUUGCACAGAGCCAUUGUUAAUAUUAUUGAACAAAGUUUCGAACCCCAGCAUUCGCCACUAUGGGAAAGAACUUUGAAUUUCACUAUUAAAUUGUUAAAUAGACUGAACCCCGAAGAAAUGGUCCCUAGAAUGAAUAACCUAAACAAUAGUCAGGUUGCAAAUUUUGUACGUUUUGUUACUCUGCCUGUACCACUACUGAAGUUUAUACAAAUAAAUCUAGGAAAAGACCACACUGUGUCCAUAUACUGUGUGAAAGUUUUAGUAAAAAUGUUACAAACUUUAAAACGCUAUGUACAAAUCUUGGAAUUAAGGAGUCCAUCUCAAGUCAUUGAUUUGAAAAACAAGUUAGAAUAUUUCUUUCCGAAGCAUUUGCCUGUGCCUGGGGUGAUCGUAAAAAUCAUUGAUGAUGUAAUAAAUGAUCAAAACGAUAUUGAAAAAACGCAAGAUUAUAAGCUGCCCAAGAUCAGUGAUGUUGAUGCCUUAAUAUUUCUUAUAGAUUUACUUCUAUGUUAUAAUGACAUACAUCCAACAUUUUUUGAAACCAUUGAGGGCACUAUAGAUAUGAACAAGAUACUAGAUUAUUCCACCGAACUUCAUGAAGAUACUGCACUACUAAAGUUCAAAGUCGUAUCGCUAUGGCUAACUUUAGAUAAUUCUGCUAUUUCAUUGAAAAAUCCAAUGUUUAAAGACUUGUUCUUAAUAAUGCUUGGUGUAUUUAUGAGCGAUAGCAAUACUUGGAUUGAAGCAAAAGAUACACUGAAAAUGUUUUUAAAGAAUACUGCGAUAUUUGAAGCAGACGAAGAUGAAAUUCAUAUAUUACUUUACACUCUUCGCCAUGCAAGAGUCAACCCUCCAUCUUUAAUUGGGGAUAUCAUAGAAUAUGUUCUCGAAAAACUAACUGAUCUAACAGAGUAUGUUAGGAAUCAACUUGUCCAUUUUGAGAUCUGCGAUGAAAACAGUGCAGGUAGCUUAGAAAAACUGUUUAAUGAUUUGAUGCACAACCGGAAUACAGAAGACAGUGUGUUCUUAGAAAGCAAAAUUCCUUCGCCAUUUAUAGUUGGGUGUAUCCAAUACAUACAUCUGAAGAAAGAUAUUAAGAAAAAUUUAAAGCAAUUUCUAUCGCUUUAUAUCGCAAAUCUACUUCACAGUAAUUAUUCACCAGAAAUGACUGAGGUUUUGAUUGGCGAUUCUAAAUUGGAUGUCAGGCAUUACGUUGCCAGUUGGAUUGGGCAACCAGUGCCAUUACCGGAUUCAAUCUCACAGGAUAAUGUAUUAAAGUGCAUCUCAGAAUCUGUAUUUGACUGCAAUAAUGAUGUUUCUCUAAAAGAUAUUUUCACAUUUUUUGUAGAAACAGAAUGUGACGAAUAUGAUUUUAAAAUAAACAAUGUGAAUUAUAAAUUAGACAUGACUGUCAAUGUUGAUAGCUCUGAAUUAUUAAUUUGGUCCAAAUAUUUGAUUUAUUGCACAGUACGAUUGACCAAUAUAGGACAAUUGACCUCUGAGCAGCAACAGAAAAUAUCAGAUUACUUUCAAUGCAUAAUAGCUAUUGGAAGAAAACACCACAUGAUCGAUAUUUGUCGAACAAUAAUUUUGACUCUAUUCAAAAGUCCACAAGUUUUAAAAAUCUAUAAGCUAUUAGACCUGAAUAAAGGCGAAGCAAGCUUACUGGCAACGAAAUUUAUGUUAAAAAUUAUAAUGGAACACAGAGAUAUAAUAAGUUAUUUGAAUGAAAAAAAUAAGAUACUCAAGUCAUACCAGCAAAAAAACUACAAUGAAAUUGUGAAAGCCCUUGUGAAAAUUAAUAAAAGAAAGAAUAUUGUCACUGCUCAUACAAUGGACGUCUUGGAAGUUGUAGGGUUAAGUAAAGGAGACGAUAUCCGAGUACUUAACGAAAUAUUUAACAUUGGUGUUGAAUGUUUUGUGCGCGAUGACAAAGAGCCAAGUUUAGCUCUCGAACUAAUUAGAUAUAUGAUUGAAAAGUACUCCAAGAUAGUAGACAGUGACAUCGAACCAAACAUUUUGAAGAAAUGCAUGAACUUAUACAUGGAGUUAUUAACGAACAAGGAAUUAUCACCGAAUUUGAGUAAUCUUGAACUGGCAUUGAUAGAAUAUUUAAGCAACAAACCGAAUCAAGUCACGAAUUUACCCGAUGAGAUAUUUAAAAAGAUAUUUGAAAUAAAUAACUUUAGGAAGACAACUUCUGCUCUCGCUGUUAUAAUGCUAAAAUAUAAUAUUAAAUUCUGUAAGAUAUUCAAAGAAGAAAUUGUUAAACCAGAUGUUUUGGCUCAAAGAGAACUUACUUUGCCUUUAGGAACUGGACUUUUAGAACAUAAGCUAUUUUUAAAUGAAAACAAAGAUCUCUUGAAGACAAUAUACGAGGAAUACAAAUCUAACAUAGUUAAGUUUUUGGAAAAGCCCCACAAGGCUGGACAAAUAUAUGUGACGAAUUGGAUGUUCAUAAGAAAACUGAUUUUAGAGUGUAUGCAAAAGGAAGAAUGCGAAAAUUUAUUUAACAAAAUCCACAAAUUCGAAAUAUUAGAGAUCAGUCACAAUCAUUUAUUUCAGACGGUAUUUUUAAAACUAUGCAUUUCUGAAGGAACAAAAAAGAAGUCUAUAUUGAUUAAUUAUUUCCUUUCAAUGUUAAAUUUAACAAUAAUUUCUUUGAAGGAAGCGAAAGACGAAGCAGGACUAAACCAAUUAGUAAAUAAUAUAAAUACGAUUUGUGAAAUAAGCAGACACAUCGAUGAUUUUGAGGUUGAAAAUAAAGAAGAAUUCAAAAAGAUUACAGAAACAACAACCUGGCAGAACUUCUGUAAGAAUGUCUUGAAAGAUUCCCUCAAAAUUAGAACGGCCACUGAGAGUAACGCUAUAGGCGCCAAAUUAAUACUAUUAUUGACGAACUUGGUCAAACUCUUUUAUCCAAUAGACCAUGAAGACAUAACAACACUAUUCGACAUGGUCACAUCACAUUCCGAGUUCUUGAAUGUGAUGCUCAGUCAUUACAGCACGGCGAUAAAAUCAAGAUUGAUAUAUUUCUUGUACGUUUUGAUAACAAAAAAGAAAUCGGUGAUGAAAAUACAACAGAUACCGGUGUAUUUGAGUGCAUACCACGCGACAAGGUCUCCGUGUGAUAGGCUGAUUCUUAGUAUACUGAAUUAUUUCGAGAGCAACGGUCUACCUGUGAAUGAAUACAAACCUUACGUUUGGGGGGAAUCGGCUGCCAACUAUUACGCCGUGAGGAAAAACAGAUCUGCUUCCCUGUGGGCGCAUCCGACACCAAAUCAAGUAUUGAAUUUGUUCGAGAAAGAAAUUAUUGAGAGGACAAUUAAAAAAUUUCCUGUCACACAAAAAAUGGAUUAUCAUUACGAGUUGCCCUCGAAUCUGGAUGUAGACGAUGCGAAUAGUUCUGUCAGAAAUAUUAUUGACGAUUUCUUCAAGAAGACAGUUCUGGAAUCUGUCCAGAUUAAAGAUACAGAAGGAGCAGUAAAUUCUUUGUUGAUCAAAGGUAAAUUUGAGAAGCUGGUCGAAACGAUGAAGAGAAGAGACGUAGUUGCAACCUCCCAUCAGGACGACGAUGAGUCUAUAUACGACCCUCUGUUCGUAUUUCCUCUCCUGAGUCACCUCUUGGCUCCGGGUUCGGUGGCGUCUUGUUUCAAGAUGUUAAGGACCGGUUUGUUGUCAGUCCCCGUAGUGGCACUGAGCUCUCUCUGUCCGCUGACGAGGGCGGCUGCCUACCACGUGCUCCAUCGGUUCUACCUGCUCUUGGAGACUGAGACGAGACACAGGAACGACAAACUGUUUCUCAACGAUUUCAUCAACACCCUCCGGAAGAGCCUCGCCACAGCCAUCACCAGUUCCGACGAAGACUCUGAUGAGCUAAACGGCGUGAAGAACCCGAGAGUGCCGGCGGUGGACGCCCUUUAUCUGGCCAGAGGACUGAUGGUCUCCACGGCGCCUCUCGACCCGCUCUACAAACCGAUAAACAACUUCCUGAUCGCGAAACAGCUUGUAGAUUUUACUGUGGUACCGGACUUUUUAAGUCUCUUCCACGACAGCGACGUCGAGUCCGUAGAAAGGAGAGUCUGGAUCUUAGACACCAUCAUGCACGGCGUCAAGACAAUGACCGAUGUCAAUGUCAUAUUCAAAACGAUGUGCCUGAAGAUGAUCAUGGAUUUCUACACGUCCGUGUUAAGUGAGAAAAAAGUGAAAGUGAAAAUUAUAAAUGUUCUAAGUUCGAUAGUGAGUGUCCCUAAAUCGUUUGAGAUAUUAGUCGAAGGACACGGCCUAAUAUCCUGGCUGCAUUCGGUUGUGAAGACCGUGAAUAAGGAAGAUGGUGUAUUAGUGACGGCAAUAUUUGUUUUGAUUAAAAACAUGUUGUACAGUCUGAGUGUUAAUGGCUUGGUGAAAAGUCAAGCGAUGCGGAAUAAAAAUGUAAAAAUAUACGAAGUUGCGGGUAUUAAGGGAAACAGGGAGCUAGAAUUUGAAAUACUGAUCCUAGUGCAAGAUUUACUGAAAAAAAACGAUGCCCUUGAAAGGCAAGACGUAGCCGAAUAUUUGAGUUUGUACAGAAUGUUCUCGAGGAUAACUAUAAAGUUCGUUAAUAAGAAACAUGUUAUUAAUCUUGUCAAUAAAAUGAUGGAGAUCUUGAAGGAUAGUGAGAGUGUUAAAUUGUUGUCUAAAGCGUUGUUGUCGAACGAUGGUUCCGUGUUGAGAAGCAAAGUGUUCAAUGAUGCUGACGAUAGUUUGAUAAACGAUUUGUAUUACGUUGUACAAUGUUUUGUUUGUUGAUAUAUAUUAUGUAUAUUGUAUACACAGUAAUUAAGUAUAUAUAUAGUUGAAAUAAAGGUUUCUAUUCGUAAAAGUUA